AUGGGAUUGAGAUCCUUUAAGGAACGCAUGCUAUCGAAGAUGGCGGAAUCCAAGGCAAAGUCGAAUGUCAAUGGCGCUGCCAAACCUGCAAAGGAGCCUUCGAAGUUCAUGAACUGGCUCAACUUGACCAAAUCCAUUACUACUGACACCGAGCAAUUCAAAGAGUACGCUGAGAUAGUGGAAGCGAGAGGGAGGCUCCAAAAACAGUAUGAUGAUUUGCUGAAAGAGCAUGAACAGUUGAAGAGGGAGCACACCAAGAUGAACCAAGAUUUGACAAACGAGAAAGCCAAUGCCAAGAAGGAACGAGCAGUCCUGACUCACUCCUUCGGAGAGCACUACCAAGCUUGGAAGCAGAACGAUGGCAUCGUGGAGAAAUGUAACGAGGAGAUCGCCAAGCUGAAGACCGACCGUCAAUCGGCAAAAUCCGAGAAUCAGAAGCUACAGAGCAGGGUAAAACAACUGGAAGCCAAGUGUGCGAAUGCGAACAACUUGAACGCGGAGCAUGAGCGCACAAUCCGUGAUCUGCAAAACGAACACACGCUUCUAAGGGGCACCCUACAGACACGCGAAGCCCAACGGGACAAAUUGGACACUCUUCUCAAGCAGGCCGAAGAUAAUCUGGGACUGGGCUUUCUGAGAAGCCUCGACAAGGCGAGCGUGACUUACCUGCGUUCGAUAUUGGAGGAUCUAUCAGGAAAAUGCCAGCAGUUGACAUUGGAUUUCUUCUCAAGUGACUAUGUGCCCAAAAACCUCAAGGCUGUCAUUGAAUCGGAGAACGGGUUGAAGGGCGGUACAGUUAUACCACUCUCAGUAUCUACCUCCAAGGAAGGAAAACUAAUGCGCUGUGCGGCCGCUGGCGCCGUUAUCGCGAACACGCUUCAAAAACAUGUAUUCCGGCUGUGUUAUGUGCCCAGCGACGUGGGCCAAGCGGGCCCCAUAAUUGAGGCUGCCGAGCGGCUCCUAGAGCUGUUCGACCUGGAAAAGGAGCGGCAGGACAUAUACCGCUGCCAGCUGCUCCAGCUGCUCGAUGACACCAAGGUCUGCGAGGAAGUGGCCGAACGCGCAACCAGCGAGGCGUACAGCGUCCUGGGCCAGCUGGUGCCCAACUCGAGGUUGGACGACCUGCAGAGCGAGCUCAUCGGCCUCUUCCGGGAGGCCGUCGAGAUGUGGUCCAGCCGCGCGCAGCUUGCUCGAGACGUCGUCGUGGCGAAGCAGGCGAGCAGGGAGGACGCCGAGGUGGGGUGGUACAAGGACGUGUACGGCUCGAUAUCGGAGCCGAACUACGAGCACCGGUCCAUCUGCGCGCAUCUCUUCCCGCGGAUCGUCGCCGUCUCCGAGGGCGCCGUGCAGGUCCUGCACGGGGGCUGCGUCCUGUGGUCGAACCAGCCUGCCGUCCUGAUGGCCAAGGACGAGGCCGCCAGCGCGCAAGCGACCGCAUCAAACGGCGGCGGACUCGGCCGCGCCAAAAGGCGCUCGUCGGUGAACACGCCGAGGAGCCCAGUUGCGCAGCGCGCGCAGCUGCAGUGA